GCUUCCGCUCUUGGGCUGACUAAAGCUAACAGAAACAAGCUAGCAGUUAGCCAGGUGGAUGUUUUCUCGCUUAGGUUUGACUGUGGCGCGUGGGUCUUUUAGAUUAACUGAGUCGCUCAGUGCGUUUAACCGUGUGUGUGACGUCAUCCCCCCGGUGUUCAGCCGCCGGUUAACCGUUCUUCUCUCCCGGUACAGACUGCCUCCUGUGACCGGUGUAACGUUCAGGAGUUUCUCCGGAAACAGAAAAAUGCCCAAAAAAGUCAAAGCGGUGAAAGCUCAGCCAGCUGCUGUUGGAGCGUCUCCCACAGAAGCUUCCUGUCCCGUGUCUCGAGACAAAAGUGGAGCCGUCACCAUCACGGUGCACGCCAAGCCCGGCUCCAAACACAGCAGCAUCAUAGAAGUUUCAGCAGAAGCAGUGGGCAUCGCCAUCGCAGCUCCUCCUACAGACGGAGAGGCGAACACCGAGCUCAUCCGAUACCUGGCUGAAGUCCUGGAGCUGAAGAAGAGUCACAUCUCUCUUGACAAGGGCUCCAGGUCCAGAGACAAACUCAUCAAAGUGGACUCCUCUCUCAGUGAGGAGGAGGUGCUGAGGAGGCUCAGACAAGCUGCAGGCUGACAGGAGGGACGGUGGAGGAGGAUGGAAGGACAGAGACCAGUGAGGCUGCUGGGACUCCAAAAGAAAGACCAGAACAGGCCGAUGAGCAGGAGUGGUUUCCAUCUCUGAACCUGCUGCAGCUUCAGGACAGAAACGUCCGUCUGCAGACAGGAUGGGAUGUUUAUAUGUUGGAUCUCCGGAGGAGGGUUGUUACCAAACCUGAAUUAGAAACAUUGAUGUAAUUCUAGUAAAAAUCAAACCAUAUAAAUACCUGUAACGCUACCAUGGCAACAAAAACAGAAGUCUAAGGCACCGAUAUCAGGAUGUUUCUGUUGAAGAAAAAUGUCUUCACUCUGAUGACCUUAUUGUGCAGUUUGGACGGUGAGCAGGUGUUUCUUUCCUCUCCUUCACACCUGUCUUAAGAAAUAGAUGUAGUUAUUUGAAGUUCUUUUUGAUUCUAUCGAUCAUUUAGAUAACAGAUUCUAUCAAUUUAACGGUCACAAACUAUCUGAAAUCCACGUCUCCAUGUUCCUCUAACACUAAUAUGUGUCUCUAGUCUGUCUACAAACCCCCCAAUUAUGAGAAAAGUCCAUCCUC